AUGGAACUGCCUGGUGUCACCCAACUGGUAGGCGGCCGCGUUCAAGUCUCCGACAUUAGAGAAGUCGAUAUUAUUGACUUACUUGGGCGUGAUCCAGUACCACCAAAGUUAGACCUUUUAGAAAAGAAUAUUAAAAAUAAAGUGGUGAUGGUGACGGGUGCAGGUGGAUCAAUUGGUUCAGAGCUUUGCCGUCAGAUCGUGAAGCAUCAGCCGACAUGUCUGGUUUUAUUUGAAAUGUCUGAAUUUGCACUGUAUUCCAUUGACCGCGAAUUACAAAACGCAGGUGUAGAAGUAGUGCCUAUACUAGGUUCUGUGACUCACCAAAUAAAAUUGGAACGUAUAUUGCAACAGCAUGCUGUGCAAACGGUUUACCAUGCAGCAGCUUAUAAGCAUGUGCCCUUGGUUGAGGCCAACCCGUUUGAAGGGAUCUAUAAUACUUCAAUUGGUACGGCCCGUAGUGUUGAUGCCGCUGUGGCUCAAGGGGUAGAAACCUUUGUCUUGAUUUCUACGGACAAAGCUGUACGUCCAACCAAUGUCAUGGGUGCAUCGAAACGGAUGGCCGAAUUGUAUUGCCAAGGUUUAGCUGCCACAAAACCGCAAACACAAAUCAGUAUAAUUGAAAAAGGUGGACCUGUUACAGUAACGCAUCCUGAGGUGACUCGUUAUUUUAUGACCAUUCCUGAGGCUGCGCAGUUGGUGAUUCAGGCGGGGGCAAUGGGAACAGGCGGAGAUGUUUUUCUACUGGAUAUGGGUGAACCCGUUAAAAUUGUUGAUUUGGCUAAACAGAUGAUUCGUCUA